AUGGCGGGUGCAGUUGUGGGAGCAUGGAUGGAAGACAAGGUCUUGCUGUCCCGCGGAGGUUUUGGUCAGCUCUGCCAGACUGCUAACAACAAGUGUCUGACCAGAGCUGAUGUUGUGGCCAAUGCGGCCAUCCUGGGACCAAUCUUAGAACACAUGGGGGCUAAGCUUUCGGUCGAUACACUGACUACUGUGGUGGAUGACUUUUUCAACCGAGCCAGGCCUCGGGGGAAAAAAACGGUGUCACGAUCCACUGCAAAAGGGCAAGCCUGGAUCAUCAAGCGGCUCAUUUCCAUUUUUACCCGUUCUGCUGCUCGUGGACAUUAUCCCAGGGAGCCUGGCAUGAGGGCAAUUUUCGUCUCUGCAGGCAUUGAACUGCCUUCAGACCCUCGUUCAUCCCGAUCGGACCUAGAUGAAGAUGAAGGUGCUGAUGGAGAGGAUGGUGACCAUGAUGACCAUGAGGCAGUUGGAGUCCCUGAAGAUGGCGAUCCUACGCCAACUGAUGGUGACGAUGACUGGAGCGAAGGUGAGGAAGAGGAGACACCGGAAGAUGAGGAUCCAGUGGUGAACCCCGAUGCUCCACUGCACCCCACCAAAAAGCCAGCGGAGACAUUGGAGGGGGACAAUACAUUUUCACCCAGUGCUCCACUACUCUCUGGAAAUCAUUCUGUGACUCCAUCCCCUCGAGGAUUGAACAUCGAUGAGAUGGCUUCUGGAGAGAAGAUGUUGGAGCGUCCAGUUGCGCCUAGUUUUGCCCCUGACAAGCUUGAGUGUGCAAAGGCUGUUGCUGGUGAGAACAAUGCGUUGUCAUCCCUUCAAUUUGAGUUGGACGCACUCAUCAACGAACAACGUCUUGCAGAAGAAAUGCUAGCAGUGCAACAGCUAGAGAUUGAACAGGCUGAGAUGGACCUGACUUUAGGGCACUUGCAGGAAGAAGCUUCUAAACGUGAAGCAGAGAAGUCCCUCUUGAACUCCACCAUCCCAGCUGGAUCUUCUGUUGCUCCCAGUCAGCUUUACAUGGACAAUGUGGAGACGCUUCCAUAUGAACCAAUUGCUCUUGCUACUCCCUGUGAGCCUUCAGCUCCUAUCGCCACGCCUUUGGCCAAGGAGGACCCUGCACCUUCCCGCUCCACUGCUGACUUGUUGCAUGCUGACACCCUCAUCUAUGGGCAAGUCGAAUCGCCUGAGGAGCACAGUGGGGGUCCAAAGGAUGAUGCUGGGAACAAGGUGAAGAGAAGACUUUCAUUUACUGCCACCGGCCCAAAUGUUCUCAAGACCCUCCAUCCCAUCUCGCCGGAAGAGCAAAUGAAAGCAACCAAGUCAAAAGGCAAGGGCAAGGGCAAGGGCAAGAAAUCCAAAAAGGCGCAGGCAGAGGAAGAGGAAGAUGAAGAAGAUGAUGAAGAAGAAGGGACAGAGGAAGACGAAGAAGACCAUGAAGAGGAUGAAGCGGACGAGGAACCGGAAAAAGCAAAGAAGGCAAAGAAGGCAACCGCCAAGUCCAGAGGCAAGGGCAAGAAGCCCAAAAAGGCACAGGUGGAGAAAGAGGAAGAUGAAGAGCCAACGAACAAGGCAAAGGGCAAGGGCAAGAAAUCCAACAAGGCAAAGGUGGAGGAAAAGGAUGAAGAUGAAAAGCAAGAAGCAUCAGGCAGCACUAAAGGCAAGAAACAAAAGGUACCCGAAGUUGAGGAAAGCGCUGCCAAGAAGCCAAGGAGGAAGGGAAUGAUUGUGAGUGAGCAGAGCAAUGAGGAGGCUGAGGACACCGCUAGCAAAGGUGACGUGAGUGUCAAGUCAAAGAAGGGAAGAACAACUGCAAAAAAACAAGAGGUGGAAAAUGAGGUCGAAGUGAAGACAAAGAAGGGAAGAACAACCGCAAAAAGCAAUGAGGGGGAAGUGAAGACAACAAAGAAGGGAAGAACCUCCAGAAAGAAAGAUGAGGUGGAUGAGACAAAGAAUGAGAAGGAUAACGUGGAUGUGAAGCCAAAGAAGGCAAGAAAGCCUGGAAAGGAAAAGACACCGAUGGCAAAGAAUGCCAUGAAGGAAGAUGAGAUUGAGAAGCCAAAGAGGGCACCAAAAAGGGCUAGGGAAGCUGAGGUUGAAGCUGUGGAAGCUCAGGGAAAGGUUGCCAAGGAUGCAUUGGCAAAAGGAAAAAACAAGAAGGAGUUGAGUGACAAGGAGAAAGACCAAAAGGCCAAACGCAGUCGCAAAAGCUCAGCGUACCAUGUUGCCUAUGCGAGGGCGAUUGCAGAAGAGAAGCCACAAGAGAUCGCUCGAGAGCUUGCAAAGCAAGCUUACAAAGACACGUGCUGA